AUGCUGAACAGAGCUCUUCUCCGAACGCCCUGGUUGCGACCAGCGAUCUUCAGCGCACCACACUCCUCGAUCAGCGCAACAGCAGCCUCAGCACCGCGCUUCCCAAUCCUCUACGCCACCACCAGACCUCUCACCUCCGCCCCCUCCCGUCAAUCCGAACACCCACCAACGACACCCUCAACGCCACCGUCCGAGACAGCUGAACUCCCAUCGCAAGACCCCGAACCUGCCACGACGACCACCACCACCACAACCACCGCCCCCGAACCCCCAUCCCACAUUCCCUGGUACCUCCAAGACGAGCCCUCCGUGCCGGCCACGCGCCCCAUCACUUCAGGCGAGCAGAUCCCCGCCCUCCCAGAAAACCCGCCGGCCCUCCUCGCGGCGCUGCUGGAGUACACCUUCAAAGACCUGGGGUUGGACGGGCUGAAACUCCUCGACCUGCGGGGAUUGGACACGCCGCCCGCGCUGGGCGCCAACGUGAUCAUGAUCGUGGGCACCGCGCGCAGCGUCAAGCACCUGAACGUCUCGGCGGACCGGCUGUGCCGCUGGCUGCGCAGCACGUACAAGCUGGCGCCGUUCGCGGACGGCCUGCUGGGCCGCAACGAGCUGAAGAUCAAGCUGCGGCGGAAGGCGAAGCGCGCGCGCCUGGCGAGUAAGGCUGGGACGCUGGUGGACGACAAGGACGAUGGGAUCACGACGGGGUGGAUCUGCGUCAACGCCGGGAUCGUGGAGGAGGCGCCCCAGGCCGAUGAGGUGGUGGCGGCGCAGGAGGAGGCCGGGUUCGAGGGGUUCGGGAAUGCCGGGUGGGGGACCCGGGUGGUCGUGCAGAUCUUUACGGAGGAGAAGCGCGCCGAGGUGGAUUUGGAAGGGCUGUGGGAGAAGAAUCUCGCCCGUGUCGGACGGCAGCGGGAGAGGGAGAGGGCCGAGCGCGAGGAUGGGGAGGAGUGGUUGUAG